AUGCCCCUCCAGAAGUCCUUCUCCGAGCAGAACGGCUCAUCGAGGAAUCGCAGCAACUGGCACCGUUCAAAGAGCCAUACUGGUGUCAACACGUCGACCCGCCCUCCUCCACCUGCAAAACCACUCGAACCCGUCUCCGAGACCAGCAGGAACAAACUACAUGCGUUCGAAUACCGCCCACCCGCGAGGGACGUCGAGCCUGCCGACGAGCAUGUAGAGACUGCUGCUACCAAGAAGAACGCCUCCGACCUGGAUCCAGCCAAGACGUCCGCCGUUCCGCCCCGACAUGUUGACCAGACGGCCAUGACGCCAGUUGCCAAGUUGGCAUGGCAAGACCUUAUAGGCAUGCGCGAUGCCGAGGAAGAAGAGGAAGACACCAGCCCGAGCGAGCGCAUCUUGUGGGAGACGAAACGAGAAGAUGGCCAGACCAUAUCACCAUCCAUGAUGACCCGCAAGCGGAAGCGAGCACGCAGCUCCUCGCCCGUCUCCUCCCCCCUGAGCCAUUCAAAACCGACAACCCCCGCAGUGAAUCUGAAGAAGCUGGCACAGGCCGCCAAAUCUUCACAUGCCGACCCGGCCCUCGAACUGUGGGAUCGCUUCACCCUCAGUGGCUCCACAUCGGUGACCCCUAGGGGAGGUGCCAACCCGGCCCUGGCCCAGAUCAUGGUGUCGUCCUCGCCACAGCCCUCAAGAGUACUGUCUGGAGGAACCAAGGCGCCCGGUACACCGUCGGGAAGCGGCCUGAGGCGAGCAAUCAGUUGUGGCGCGAAUUGGCCUAAGCGCAGGCGAGGAGAUCGUCCGGAUACUGCAACGCCACUGGCGCCUAUACAGGAUCAGAGCCCAAGCGAAGGGACAAAGUCUUCCAUGGUGAACGCGUUAUUACGGAGUGUCAAUGGCGAAAUUAACAGGUCGAAAGCCAUCCAGAAUCGGCAGGAGUCAAUGAGGUCUCCAUCACCCAAAAAGCAAUCCAAGUACUCCCCAGGACUACACGAAUCGCCUACAAGAAAAGUAGUGCCACCGAGGCCACCACCGCCGCUAUUCAAGUCUCCACCAAAGGUCAAUUUGUCGCACAACCCCACAGCACAUGUCCCAGCCUUGCAUGACGGGGAUUCAUCUGACUAUGGCGAGGAUGACUUUGACGAUAAUGCUCUUAUGGAACUUGACGCGACUUUGGCACCGCCUGACGAGAGUACGAGUUCAGCGGCACGCGCACCAGAUACGAUUAUCACACAACCGGAUCGCGUCUUAGGAAACCCUCCCAAUUCAGAUGACGAUGAGUUUGGUGAAUUAGAUGACGAUGUAUUUGCUGCAGCGGAGGACUUGAUUGCUGGCAUUGAUUUAAGCCAUAGCUCUCUUGGUCGCUCGGGGGGGGCAGCAGACCGGCCUGUAGACACAGGCCUGAAGGCUGUAUCGGGUAAUCAAGCACAAGACUCGGGUGAUGACGCAUUUGAGGACGAUUUUGGGGACGACUUUGACUUCGAGGCCGCUGAAAUCUCGGCCACACAGACAGCUAGGCAGAUGAGUAGUGCCAGCGGCGCCCUGCCUCCUGCAUCACAUAAGCCUAGAGCGAUCCAACGAUACCUAGUGACCAAGGUCCUGCAGAGCGAGUUUCUGGAUGAUAAUGGGAGAUCGUUUUCAGAAAAGAUCCUGUUUAUCCAGGUUGAUCGAAGUAAUGUAAUGAAGACUAUCCAUCUUCGGGGCGACUGGGUCGAAACGCCUGUCAGCGAUAAAGCUUUCGUGCAUGUCAUCGGCGUCUUCGAACCAACGGGACAAUGCAUAAUCGAUAAUAACCACAAUAUCCUUAUUCUGCAUCCCGACCAGUUGAUAUCAGCAACGGUUGUAGCGGAUAGCUUCACUUGCAUGCGGCGGGCUGUGCUCCAGGACCGUGUCAAGGCAACUAGCGAGGCUUCCGCACCAUUAGUCUACGGCACUUUGUUACAUGAGAUAUUCCAGGAGGCAAUGAUGACCAAUGACUGGAGCAUGUCGUUUCUCGACUCACUGAUCCUGAAGAUUACUGAGAAACAUGUGGAGGAUCUGUACAAGAUCAAGGUGUCGAUGAACGAUGCUCGAGAACACCUGAGAUCGAAAAUGACGGAGUUGAGGUGCUGGGCCUCGGCAUUUGUGUCUGAUAAACCCAAGCCUGACGCGGUUGUGCAGGGCCGCAACGGAGACAAGGCAGUCAUGUGUGUGAGCAAGUUGCUUGAUGUUGAGGAACAUGUGUGGUCACCCCUGUACGGGUUGAAAGGCAACAUCGACGCCACUGUACAAGUCACCAUGAAAGAUGGUACCCAACAACGAACUUUGACGGUGCCUUUCGAGGUCAAGACGGGAAAGAAUGCAACAGCCAAUCACCAGGCCCAGACGUCGCUCUACAAUCUGCUCUUGUCGGAUCGCUACGACAUUGAGAUAGCCUAUGGCAUCCUUUACUACAUGGAAACCUCAAAAGUUACCCGCAUCCCGACCAUCCGCCAUGAACUUCGCCACAUGAUCAUGCAGCGGAAUCAGUUGGCCUGCCACGUUCGAGAACGCAGUGUGCAACUUCCACCAAUGAAGCGAAGCACCAAUACUUGUGGCAAUUGCUACGCAAAAGUGUCCUGCUUCAUCUACCACAAACUGGCAGACGAUGGCGAUGUGGAGACAAGUGGCGUGAAGAACAAGUUCGACGAGGUCGUCAAGCACUUGACAACGACACACCAACAGUUUUUCCUGAAAUGGGAAGAUUUGUUGACCAAAGAAGAGAAGGAAAGUCAGAAACUGCGGCGCGAGCUGUGGACGAUGUUGAGCUCAGAGCGUGAAAAGGUCGGUAGAUGUUUUGCCAACGUUCUGAUCGAAGAAGGCUCUGCAUUUGAGGAGAAAGACAGUCCCAAGAUCAACCGCUACAAGUACUCGUUCAUCAAAGACACUCCACCGGCAGGUUUCUCUUUUCUGGAUUCCCAGCUGGCUGUUGGUGAACCCAUCGUAGUCUCGGAUGAGCAAGGGCAUUUUGCUUUGGCACUGGGCUUCGUCACUUCAGUGAGGAAGCAACGAAUCAGUGUAGCUGUGGACCGGCGGCUGCACAAUGCUCGUAUUCGUCGGCCAGGAUUCAAUGAGACGAGCAACCAGGUGUUUGCCAGCAUCAUGGAGGUCGUACCGGAAGGGGCGCCGCCCACAGCAUCACAAGGCAAAAUCAAGAAAUCCCCCAUCCGCUACAGACUCGACAAAGACGAAUUCAGCAAUGGGAUGGCAACCGUCCGCAACAAUCUUGUGCAGAUCAUGGCGAAUGACAUCUUUGGCUCAAGAGAAAUUCGUCGCUUAGUAGUCGAUCUUGCACCGCCAACAUUCAAAGCCGCAUCUACGCAGUACAGUAUCAAUGGUCAGGAAAGCCUCAAUGUUGACCAAAAAAAGGCGAUCGAGAAGGUCAUGAGUGCCAAUGAUUAUGCCUUGGUACUUGGCAUGCCCGGAACUGGUAAAACUACAACCAUAGCACACAUCAUCCGAGCUCUUGUCAGUCAAGGCAAGAGCGUACUCCUAACUUCUUACACGCACUCGGCAGUUGACAAUAUUUUACUGAAGCUCAAAAAGGACAGCAUGCGGAUCCUGCGCCUUGGAGCUCCAGCUAAGGUCCAUCCUGAGGUACAAGACUUUGCCAUCCUGGCAGGGCAGCCAAUGGAUACUUUUGAGCAAAUACAUGAUGCUUGGCACGGAACCCCUAUUGUUGCUACAACAUGCCUAGGUGUAAACCAUCCAGUUUUCAACGAACGAACCUUCGACUACUGCAUUGUCGAUGAGGCAUCACAGAUUACCUUGCCCAUCUGUCUGGGUCCUAUCAGGCUAGCGCGGACGUUCGUCCUCGUCGGAGACCACAAUCAACUACCCCCACUGGUCCAAAACGAAGAUGCCAGAAUAGGAGGCUUGGACAUCAGUCUGUUCAAGCUUCUCUCAGAUACGCACCCGGACUCGGUUGUGAACCUUGAGCAUCAAUACCGUAUGUGUGAGGAUGUCAUGACUCUGAGCAAUACUCUGAUCUAUAAUGGCCGGCUGAAAUGCGGCACUGAAGCCCUUCGCCAUCAGAAGCUGGAGAUUCCCAACAUGGAUGCCGUCCGCCAAAAGCAUUACGACGCCUCGACAAUUGCUCGAUUCAGUACGCCGCGUUCAUUCUGCACAAACUGGACGAAUCCCUCAUGUUGGCUUCGCUCUUUGAUCGACCCCCAAGCCCCGGUUCGUUUCAUCAACACAGACGCCUUGCCUGACGCGCGCGAGGAGGCCAAAGGAAAUCGCAUUGUCAACCCCACCGAGGCUCGCAUCGUGACCCAGCUCGUCGAUGCCUUCCUCUCCGUUGGCGUGCCUGCGUCUGAGAUUGGUGUCAUGACGCAUUAUCGAAGCCAACUUUCUGUGUUGAAGCAUAAUCUACGCGGCCACGGUUCAAAUAUCGAGCUGCACACUGCAGACCGGUUUCAAGGGCGCGAUAAGGAGGUCAUAGUGCUCUCUCUGGUUCGUUCGAACGAGCAGCACAACAUUGGUGAUCUUCUCAAGGAUUGGAGACGCAUCAAUGUCGCAUUCACACGUGCCAAGACGAAGUUGCUUGUGGUCGGCAGCCGCGACACCCUGAGGGGAUGUGGCGAGGACGAGAUGGUGUCGAGGUUCAUCAGGCUGAUGGAGGAGAGGAACUGGGUGUAUGACCUGCCCAGCGACGCCCUGGAGAGCCACUGGUUUGAGGAAGGCGCAACACAAAUUACCGCAACCGGCGAAGGCGCGGUGGUGUCUCAGAGGUCUCAGGAUCUGUCACCAGCCAAGAAGAUUUCGAAGAAGAGCCCGCUCAAGGGUCGUGUCUCUGCAUUCGGGAAGGAGAACAUGAGGCCCGUGCCGUUGAAGAGGGGCAAAGUCACUGAGCGGGCUUUGUUGAAAGGCAAGCCCAUUUUGACGGAUAUUUUUAAUGACAUGAUGAGCAGCCCUGGUGGAUAUUAG